AUGAAGCUCAACUUUCUACUCAUGACAGCAAUUCUGGCCCUUGUUGUAAAGGCGCAAGACGAGAUUGACUCGGACGACUUCCCGCCCGUAUGUGCCUCGGCUUGCCAAUCACUCGUAGGCACAACGGAGAGAUGCGACGACACAACCGACGGAGAUGCCGCCUACUUAGCGUGUGUCUGUAGCUCAGCCGAUGCUUCGAAUCUGCUUCCCAGCUGUGGUGCAUGUAUCCGUUCCAAUGGCGGAGAUGCGGACAACGAGGCUAUCGAGCUUGCCUUCAGAUGCGGCUUUGCCAUUCCGAGCUCUUCCAGCAGGGCUAUUGGGAGUGCAACAUCCACGGGUACCGCCAUGACGACUUCGUCCUCGUCUACGACGUUUGUGACCAGUACAACUGCCUCCACCACCUUGAGCACGAGUUCUGUUGCUACAGCUAGCUCGGCUACCCCUACUGCUCAGGGUAGCGGAAACGCGGCUCCGCGCCUCGGCACAUCGACUGCAGCAGCACCCUUGCUCCUACUGCCCAUUCUCGCCGCCUUGGUGUGA